AAAUUUUUUUUUUUUUUUUUUUUUAAAAAAAAAAGAGGAGAAUAAAAUAUAAAAAAAGUAUGAUAUUUAUUUUUUAUAAUGUUUCUUUCCCAAGUUUAUGAUGAUAGUAUAAUGUCAUCCAUAUUAUUCGGCAUGAAUGUGAUGGUGACUUUUUAAUGACUACGUACGGUAUCUGACAUGAAGAAACCUUGGACAGAAAUUUCAUUUAUUUUUUGUUCUUUGCUUAUUACUUUUUUUGAUUUUUUUUAGGAUAUAUCGUUAGUAACGAAAUCAUUUUUUUUUAAAUCCUGUUAAUACCCGAUUGGCCAUGAUUUAUAGAUGAUUUGAUUGGUUAAUAAGAAAUUCAUAAACCCGUAAGUUUCAAAAUAUUAUAAUUAAAAAAAAGAAAUGAAAAAAAAACUUAUUAUUCGUUCAAGAAAACUUGAUCAAAGAGGUCCUUGUACUCCGGAAAUGGCUGCUCUUUUAACUUGCUGGGCAACUAGUUCAGUUGAUUCUCCUUCCUGUGCACAAACUGUCCAAGCACUCACUGAAUGUAUGCGUAGAGCGCCAAAAAGUUCGAAACAUACGAAUACAAUUAAUUAUCACCUAGCUCGUCUCGGCAAAUUUUUGUAGGAAGGAACAAUUGCAUUUAAUUACAUUAUCAAUAUGAACUUACGUUAAUGUUAAAUAAAAUUAGUUAAUCCACAAGUGAAAUGUAUCAUAUUACUAGUCCAAAAAUUCAUGGUUUAUUCUUCAGUUUGGAUAAUGAUGUCAAGGAUUGAUACAAGAAAUCGUGAAUACCGACAAAUCCAAGUUUAUAAAGUACAUUCAAAAAAUGAACUCUAUAAUCGUUAAAUGAUAUUUGUAACCCGCCCGCCUGAAAUAAAUUUAUUUAAAUAAAAAGCAUAAAAAUACAAAUAUCAUUA